CUCUUUUGCAAACGCUGUUUUUGCUUUGAUUUUCAUCUUUAUCACGCAUUGAAACUUUUCCCUUUCUUCCAACUGUCGCGUGCGUUGUCCCAUCAAAACAAACCCAACACACUACCAGAUUACCAAAAAAAAAGAAAACAUGUCGCGAAAGAAAUGGAGUUCCCUGGACAAACCACCCUUAUCAGAACCCGUGCUAGAGGUUAUACAGGAAAUGAAAUUUGAACUUAUGACUCCUGUACAGACAGCAACAAUUCCUCUACUCUUAGCACGGAAAGAUGUCUCUGCCGAGGCUGUGACAGGUUCAGGGAAAACUUUGGCAUUUGUUGUACCACUUUUGGAAAUGCUACAAAGGCGACACAGCGAAACACCUUGGCUACCCAAAGAAGUUGGGGCAUUGAUUAUAUCUCCAACCAGAGAAUUGGCCAUGCAAAUAUCAGAAGUGCUAGAUCGUUUUCUGCAACAUGAACAGUUAGCAUAUCUACGACAACAGUUGGUUGUUGGCGGCAAUUCAAUAGAAGAUGAUAUCAAGUCGUUAAUGGCCAAUGGACCUAACAUUUUGGUGUGUACACCAGGUCGCUUAGAAGACUUGUUUCAACGUAAAAGUAAUCUGAAUCUAGCGGCAAGGGUUAAGAGUUUGGAGUUACUGGUACUGGAUGAAGCAGAUCGUUUACUAGAUUUGGGUUUCAAAGCCACCAUUAACAAUAUUUUGGCUUAUUUACCACGACAACGUCGUACUGGUCUCUUUUCCGCCACGCAAACCACUGAAGUCACAGAUCUUAUUAGAGCUGGUCUCCGUAAUCCUGUUUUGGUUUCCGUAAAAGAAAAGUCGACCAUCAACACACCAGUACGAUUACAAAACUUUUACAAAAUCGUUGAAGGAGAUGAGAAAUUCAUUGAACUCUUACAUUUUCUUAAGUCAUCACGUGCCAAAAACAGUAAAAUUAUGAUAUUCUUCCCCACCUGUGCUUGCGUUGAAUAUUGGAACGAGGUAAUGCCUCAAUUUCUCAAAGAGCGCCUUAUACUUGGGAUUCACGGCAAAAUGAAAAACAAACGCAAACAGGUCAUCGAAAAGUUCCGCAAAGAAGAGAAAGCCGUUCUCUUAUGUACAGAUGUCUUGGCGCGUGGUCUAGAUGUACCCGAAAUUGAUUGGGUAAUACAAUGGGAUCCACCAUCAAAUGCCGCCAGUUUUGUACAUAGAGUUGGCAGAACGGCACGUCAGGAGAACUAUGGUAACGCUUUAGUGUUUUUACUGCCAAAUGAGGAUGCGUAUGUCACGUUUUUGAAAAUUAAUCAGAAAGUCGAAUUGACUCCCUUAGAGGACGAAAGUUGUAAUAGAGAUAGUCUACAAACUACUCUAAAUAAAUUACACAAAAUGCAAGCUGCAGACAAGGGUCUUUACGAUAAAGCUGUGAGAGCCUUUGUUUCACAUAUUCAGGCAUACAGUAAACAUGAGUGCAAUGCAAUUCUACGCUUAAAAGAUGUCGAUUUGGGCAAGGCUGCAACAGGCUAUGGUUUGUUACAAAUGCCGCGAAUGCCAGAACUUAAAACUCUUAAAGCUGAUAACUUCAUUGGUCCGUCUUUUGAAGUAGACAUCACAAAGUUGACAUAUAAAAAUCCCCAAAAAGAAAUGGCGAGAUUAGAGAAAGUAAAAACAUACGAAGAAACGGGACAAUGGCCGGGCAAGAAAAAACACAAAAAAGCCACCGAAUCGUGGGAAUUAACCAAGAAAGCGAAAAUGGAUGCCAAAACCAAAAAAGAAUUGCGAAAAGCUAAGAAACAACGCAAAAAGGCGGAUGAAGCUGCUAAUGGGCCGAAAGCCAAGAAACGCAAACCGCAGUAUACUCAAGAGGAUCUAGACGAGCUGGCAAAUGAUUUGCGUCUUUUUAAAAAAUUAAAGAAAAAUAAAAUAUCAGAGGAAGACUUUAAUAAAGAAAUGGGUUUAGAAGACGAUUGAGGAAAAACUAAUCAUGUGUAUAUACAUAUUUGUAUACCUCCAUAUAGGCAUUAAGUUGUUAAAAAAUAAACCUGCAAAUUGGAACCUACGUAAUUGCUAAAAUUUAAGCUUUUAUUUAUUUAUUUAUUUAUUCAAACUCAUUUGUGUAAUACAGGGCCUCUAAGACCAUAAAAUCAUAUUACAUAGCUAGGAUUAUAGGAUAAUUUUAAAUAAAAUUGAAAAUCGAAGUUUUUUCUUCUUCCAAAUUUUUUAAUCUGUUUCUAUUUAAAAAAGUAGCUAGGCACAAUUAUUGAAGGGGUAAGUAUAUUUGACGUGUUUAUUAUCUAUCUUAAAGAAGACAUUUUAAGAUUUUUGAUACAGAAAAAACUCCAUAAUUCCCGUACAAAUUGUGCAUGACAAUGUUAAUUAUAAAAAAUGCAAACUUUAAAUUUAAAAAAUGUGUAUAUCUUUAUUAUAUUUGGUUUAAGCCAAAUUUUCUUUUAAUAUAAAAAAUGGAAAAGAACUUGUGAAACGAUGUAAUAAAAACAGAAAUUCAUUGCAAAAAAAAUGAUGAAACCUA